AUAGAGGAAGGACCGGCUCGAUUUAUGGAGUUUCGAACAACAUAUUUGUUGUGAGAGUUUCUCUCCGAGGCGGUUUGAGCACGAUGGGAGGCUUUAGAGCAUUUCUGAGAGCAGCACUGGUCUUCCUGACAGUGGAGCUGUACCUGGUGUGCUGUGAUAUAACCGACGGAAACGCGGAACACCUGAAGAGAGAGCACUCGUUGAUGAAGCCUUACCAAGGUGUUGGCAGCAGUCCGACUAGUCAGUGGGACUUCUGGGGAAGCACUUUGGUGACGAGCUCCUAUGUAAGACUUACUCCAGAUGAGAGAAGCAAACAGGGAUCCAUCUGGAAUACUGUGCCUUGUUACUUGAAGGACUGGGAGAUGCACGUGCAGUUUAAAGUUCAUGGGUCGGGAAAGAAGAAUCUCCAUGGCGACGGCAUCGCUCUCUGGUACACAAAGGACAGACUGCAUCCAGGGCCUGUGUUUGGAAACCAAGAUCAGUUUCUUGGCCUGGCUAUUUUUUUGGAUACCUUCCGCAAUGACCUCCAUGGGAUGGAUCGCUCCUUCCCGUAUAUUUCGGCCAUGGUGAACAACGGCUCCGUGAAUUACGACCAUGGAAGAGAUGGCCGCUCAUCAGAGCUGGGCGGCUGCUCGGCUGAGAUCAGGAACAGGGAGCACGACACGUACCUCGCCAUUCGCUACUCUAAAGGAAGACUGACUGUGAUGGUGGAUGUCGAUGAUAAGAACGAAUGGAAGGAGUGCAUUGACAUCGGAGGUGUUCGUCUUCCCACCGGAUAUUUCUUUGGUGCCUCAGCAGCUACAGGAGACCUCUCAGAUAACCAUGACAUCAUCUCCAUGAAGCUGUACCAGCUGAUGGUGGAACACACCCCUGAAGAGGAGAACUUGGACUGGACCAAGAUCGAGCCCAGUGUCAGCCUGCUCAAGUCGCCUAAAGACAACAUCGACGAUCCGACUGGAAACUUCCGCGGCACGCCCCUCACCGGCUGGAAGGUCUUCCUGCUGCUGCUGUGUGCUCUGCUGGGAAUCGUCGUGUGCGGUGUGGUGGGCGCUGUGGUUUUCCAGAAGAGACAGGAGAGGAACAAGAGGUUUUACUGAAUCAGGAGAGGAAACCUCAUCGACGAGGUGUUUGCUGUGGAAUGAACUGUUUCCAAACGACAGAUUGAGCACAUUCAAUGUGAAUUUUUUUCUAAAGAUUAUACAAAUGUUUAUAUCUCUGAAGCACUGCGUUGAGAGUUGAUUGAGGUAACUUGCGACAACGUGCUGCUUAGAAGAUGCAGAACUAGCGGCGACCGUCGUAAGUUACCCUCGAGGCUGUUUUUGUGUCUUUGUGUUCAUUUGUUGCAGGAUUAGAUUAGAGUUCCUGUCUUUUGCAGUUUUUCAAAUUCUUUAAAAAAAAAAAAAAAAAAAAGCAGUUUAGACUUGCUUAUUGGUUAAUGUGGUGUCUCCAGGUCUUUUCAGCUUUUCUUUGCUGCUGCUGAAAGAGUUAACAAUGGCACCAAAUGACAAUUUAGAUUUUUAUUUUUGUCUUCCGAGCUGUUUUACUGGAUUAUUUAUUGGGAAAAAAAAGAGAGCAGCUCCGCAUGGAAAAAUAGUUUAAUCUGCUACAUUUGGCAAAGAGGAUCGGUGGGUGUUGUUCAGUGCUGAUCUGCUACAAUACUGAUAUUGUCAGGAGAAAAAAAGAAGACAAACUCAUGAAACUAAAGAGUAAUCAAAAUUAACCUCGAGAGCAUUAGCCUGUGUUUUAACCAUGGAAGGAGUGCCGGUUUGGAUUUGUUGAUUGUUUUUGUGAUCAGUCCAUUUUUUCCUUUUUUUUUUUAAUAUUAUUUUUUUUUUAACUAGCAGUAUCAAGCAUCACGACUUUGUCUUUGUCGCUGGAUUUCCUUUUAGGGGUGCGUUGUUUUCUUCAGUUUCAGCCUUGCUAGCUACUUUAUCUCUGUUCAUGCCACACACCCGCUUGUUCUGUUUAUUCCUUCUAGAGUUGCUCUCAGUGUUUUUUAUUUUCAUGGCUGACUUGCUUCAAAUAGACCACCAGGGCUGGGACUAAUCAGUCAAAUUUCUGGAAUAAUUUGUUGGUCCAGAUAACGCCUGAAAAGUGUUUCAAAGCCUAGGCCGACAUAUUCAAGUUUCUGGUAUUGUCUUUUCGAAUUGAAGAUUCAGUGUUGUACUUGAGGAAACUAAGAACAAGCAGUGUUCUCAUUUAAGUAGCUCAGCUCAGUAAGUGUUUAAUGUCUUUGUAGCAUUUACCAUGAAAACACAUACAUGAUUAUGAAAUACAAAUAUUAACCCCAGACGGGCAGAUGAAAUAGAUAUGAAUUGAUCAGUAAGUGAGACGCAUCUCUUCCAUUCUGAAGCCUUUAUACAUGUUUAUAUUCCUGUUAAACAGAACAAAGAUAUCAGAUAGCACACUCAGACGUAGGGUUAUUCGAAAAUGUCAUGAUUGCUGCUUUAAUCAUUAAAUGACAUAAAUGCAGUAACAUUUUCCAUCAAGUUGUUCCACCACGUCAAGUGUGGUGCAUUUGGACGACUCUCGGAUGACACCGGCGGACGAGUGGAUGCAUCUUGGAAACUGAACAACCUCAAAUCCUUGAGGUUGAAAUGUUUUAAGCUUUUCUUUUCUCUGAAGGAUCUUUUGAGCUGCAAUGUCUUUUUAUCCAGAAUAUGCCUUUACUCCUUUAGUUUUCUAAUUUUUUUUUUUCCAGUCAGCGAUGUUAAAUUGGAAAUGAAAGUCUGUGAUUGAAUUCUGCAGCAUAAUGAAAAUUACACUCAUGAACUGCUACCUAAGACAAGUGUGAUUCAUCAAUGCAGUGUUAAUUAGGAAAUCUUUUUUACCCAUUUGUCCAUGGAUGGAUUGGUUAAAACCAUGUUUACGCUGGCAGUGCUUUAGUCUUUAAUUUCUUCCAAUACCAGGCUUCUUUGUUGUUGCUUUUAUUUCCAUGAUGUUCCUCUUUUGUUUCAGUUCUGACGUGUUGGAAGUAAAAUUUAGGAUUGGAUGAAAUGUUUUUCAAUUUUCUGAAACGCCUAGUCAUUCUGUUUUGUUUUUAAUCUGUUAGUUUGACUAAGCGUUUUUAUUACUGUUCCCGUGUGCUUGAAGCCACUCUGUUUUUCUUGGCCCAUCACUUAGUUCUGUGAUGAGACUUGAAACAGCUUGUCUCAUCAGAAAUGAUGUAUUAAAAAGAAGAAAAAAACCCCA